AUGUCGGAUAACGGAGACUACGCGCGUGAAUCUCCUGGCGUGUCUCAGUCAGAGGAAGAGUAUGACGAGCGGCCGCUCAAUGGUCUGUACAUCGAUAUGGCUCCAUUCGGACUGGAGAAAAUCUGGGAUUACGAGCCAGGUGGUCAUCAUGUUGUUCAGCUUGGCAAUCACCUAGGUCGAGAGGGGGAAUACCGCGUCAUUCACAAGCUAGGAAGUGGGGGGUUCGCCAAUGUUUGGUUGUGCCAGGUCCUUCGCAAUGGGAUACCCCAUUAUGCGGCCCUUAAGAUUCUUAUGGCCGAUUACUCUAAAGACGAUUGCCCUGAGCUUCGCGUGGAACGGCUCCGAGCAGUCGGGUUGGAAAAGCACAUCUGCCUCCCAUUUGAUCAAUUCCGAAUUGAAGGCCCAAAUGGAUCUCACCUUUGCUUCGUAUAUCCUGUGGCAGGACCGCGUGUCUCUCUUAUAGCCCAACAAUUCGAAGACCCGGACAGAAGCUUGCGGAAAAUGGCUCGACAAGCUACAGAGGUCAUGGCCGCAUUGCAUAGUCAUGGUAUAUGUCACGGAGACUUCACGCCGUCAAAUAUUCUCCUAAAGGUUGAGGGCCUUGACGAAUUACCCGAAAAUGAAGUGCUCAAAAUCCUGGGAGACCCCGUCAAGGUAGAAGUUUUCAAUGAGUCAGGGGAGACUCCCUCUGAUCCAACCGCGCCUAAAUAUCUCGUCAGCCCGGUCAAGUUUCGCAAUGUUCCUCUGCCGUACGUUGUAGAUGAGAUUCUUCUGAUUGACUUCGGAGAGUCUUACGAUGUCACAAACCCACCGGAGGAGCUUGGUAUCCCUGAGAGUUAUCGUUCGCCCGAACUUGUUUUAGAGAAUACACCAGGAUUCGGAAGUGACCUCUGGGCACUCGGUUGCACCCUCUUCGAGAUACGAACGGGCAGAAAACUCUUCGACAUGUUUGAUGACGAUGAUGACAGUCACCUCUUUCACAUGAUUGAGAUGCUUGGCGCACUGCCAGAGCCGUGGUGGACUACAACUUGGAAGCACAGAAAGGAGUUCUUCAAAGAUGAACCGGACUCACUCGGUCAAGCGGUCCUGGUUGACGCAUUAGCCAAGGAACGAUCGGACCUAUCCGUCGAGCGCCCAUCGAUAGAGUUGGCGCUACGACGAGGAUUGCAUUAUUGGGACUUGGGGCCAGGCGAAAAAUUUAGCAGAGAGAUUUCCCCCGGCGAGAUUGAACAAUUGGCAGACCUCUUGAAGAAGAUUCUACAAUAUGAGCCUAGCCGCCGGUUAACUGCGGCAGAAGUUCUAGAACAUGAAUGGCUUCGUCUUGAUGAGACUUGA